GUGUUCCACCAUUGGUACCACAUCGAUGACGAGGGUGAGGCUGACGAACGAAGAAUGGAAGACGACGACCCAAAUGCAGGUUUGCCAAGAGAGACCGUCCGCAGAGUUGUGCGCCAGACGGGGAUGUCGUUCACGCCCGAGAAGAAGGAGAUCUUGGACAAGCGCCUGGAUGGUUUGGAGGAGGCGGGCCUUCUGCGCUUCCAUGGUUUCCUCCGACUGAUGCGUUGGGUC